GCCCGGCCGGCGCCCCCGCCCGCGGCUCCCGCAGCCGCGCCUCCCGCCCGCGCCUCCUCCCGCCCUCGCCGCGCCGCUCGCAGCCGCAGCCCCCGGAGCCGGAGGAUUAUGAGCGAGCCAUGAGGCGGCUGCGGCGCUGGGCGUUCGCGGCGCUGCUGCUGCUGCUGCCGCUGCUCCCCCCGCCCGGUCUUGGGACCCGGGGUCCUGUCGGAGCUCUGCACUGGCGGGUCUCACCCCAGUUGGGGAGUCCGGAAGCCCCUGAGGUCACAGAGCCCAGUCGUCUGGUGGGGGAGAGCUCCGGAGGAGAGGUCCGAAAGCAGCAGUUGGACACCAGGGUCCGCCAGGAGCCACCAGGGGGCCCGCCUGUCCACCUGGCCCAGGUGAGUUUCGUCAUCCCAGCCUUCAACUCCAAUUUCACUCUGGACCUGGAGCUGAACCAUCACCUCCUCUCCUCACAGUAUGUGGAGCGCCAUUUUAGCCGGGAGGGGACAACUCAGCACAGCACUGGGGCCGGAGACCACUGCUACUACCAGGGGAAGCUCCGCGGGAACCCCCACUCCUUUGCCGCCCUCUCCACCUGCCAGGGGCUGCAUGGGGUCUUCUCGGACGGGAACUUCACCUACAUCGUGGAGCCCCGCGAGAUGGCCAGGCCUCAGGAACCCCCCCAGGGACCCCUUCCCCACCUCAUUUACCGGACCCCUCUCCUCCCAGCCCCCCUCGGAUGCAGGGAACCAGGCUGCCUAUUUGCUGCCCCUGCUCAUUCUGCUCCUGUGAACCGGCCGAGGCUGAGAAGGAAAAGGCAGGUCCGCCGGGGCCACCCUACUGUGCACAGUGAGACCAAGUACGUGGAGCUGAUCGUGGUCAACGACCACCAGCUGUUUGAGCAGAUGCGCCAGUCGGUGGUCCUCACCAGCAACUUUGCCAAGUCCGUUGUGAACCUGGCGGAUGUGAUGUACAAGGAGCAGCUCAAUACCCGCAUCGUGCUGGUUGCCAUGGAAACGUGGGCCGACGGGGACAAGAUCCAGGUGCAAGAUGACCUCCUGGAGACCUUAGCUCGGCUCAUGGUCUAUCGGCGGGAGGGCCUGCCUGAGCCCAGUGAUGCCACCCAUCUCUUCUCGGGCAGAACUUUCCAGAGCACCAGUAGUGGGGCCGCCUACGUGGGGGGCAUCUGCUCGCUAUCCAGGGGUGGGGGUGUGAAUGAGUACGACAACAUGGGGGCCAUGGCAGUGACCCUGGCCCAAACGCUGGGACAGAACCUGGGCAUGAUGUGGAAUAAACACCGGAGCUCAGCAGGGGACUGCAAAUGCCCGGACAACUGGCUGGGCUGCAUCAUGGAGGACACUGGAUUCUACCUGCCCCGCAAGUUCUCGCGCUGCAGCAUCGACGAAUACAACCAGUUUCUGCAGGAAGGAGGCGGGAGCUGUCUCUUCAACAAGCCUCUCAAGCUCCUGGACCCGCCUGAGUGUGGAAACGGCUUCGUGGAGGCGGGAGAGGAGUGCGACUGUGGCUCGGUGCAGGAGUGCAGCCGUGCGGGCGGGAAUUGCUGCAAGAAAUGCACCCUGACUCACGACGCCAUGUGCAGCGACGGGCUCUGCUGUCGCCGCUGCAAGUACGAGCCGCGGGGUGUGUCCUGUCGAGAGGCGGUGAACGAGUGCGACAUCGCGGAGACCUGCACCGGGGACUCGAGCCAGUGUCCCCCUAACCUGCACAAGCUGGAUGGUUACUACUGUGAUCACGAACAGGGCCGCUGCUAUGGAGGUCGCUGCAAAACCCGGGACCGGCAGUGCCAAGCCCUUUGGGGCCACGCGGCUGCUGAUCGCUUCUGCUAUGAGAAGCUGAACGUGGAGGGGACAGAGCGUGGGAACUGUGGACGCAAGGGGUCAGGCUGGGUCCAGUGCAAUAAACAGGACGUGCUCUGUGGCUUCCUCCUCUGUGUGAACAUCUCUGGAGCUCCUCGACUGGGAGAUCUAGGGGGGGACAUCAACAGUGUCACCUUCUACCACCAGGGCAAGGAGCUGGACUGCAGGUCUGCAGCAACGAAGGGAAGUGCAUCUGUCAGCCCGACUGGACAGGAAAAGACUGCAGCAUUCACAACCCCCUGCCCACGUCUCCACCCACGGGGGAGACGGAGAGAUAUAAGGGUCCCAGCGGUACCAACAUCAUCAUCGGCUCCAUCGCGGGGGCUGUCCUGGUUGCAGCCAUCGUCCUGGGCGGCACGGGCUGGGGAUUUAAAAACAUCCGCCGGGGAAGGUCCGGAGGGGCCUAAGUGCCACCCCCUCCCUCCGAGCCUGGCGCCCACCGUCUCCGCCCUGAACCACGAGGCUGCCCCCGCCCAGCCACGGAGGGAGGCACCAUGCAAAUGUCUUCCGGGCCCAAGCCCUUCAAUUCCUGGUCCCAUGGGGGUUUGGGUGGGGGGGUGUGGCCUCGUCCUUCACAUCACCAGGGUGGACCAGGCCUGGGGCCUUUCCCUCAUGGUCCCUCACCCCACCUCAUGCGGCUUUGGCCUUGUACACCAACUCUCCCUGUGUGAAUGUAGCUUCCAUCAUCACGGACUGCCACAGCUCAAGGUGGGAGGGGGGGCUAGAGGGAUGCCCUCCCCCCAGUGGGCAUGGCCUGGGAAGGCCCUUCCUCAAAACCAGGCAGCUGGGACCAGGGUUUUAGCUCUCUGGGACUUAGGGGGAGGGGGCUGACACCUACACUUUUUUUAAACUGAAUCUUAACUGAUGAAUGUAACUUUGGGGGUGCUGGGGCGAGGGAAGUUGGGAUAUUUUGACAUUUCCAGGAGGGACCAGAGGAACUGAGGCCUGGCCCUUCCCUGGGGCCCUUUACCUGGAUGAUCACACCUGGAAUCCUCUCAUUGAACAUAGCUGUCCCCAAGCCAUGCAGGGGUAGGGCGUCCUUGCUUGCCCCUCGGCCCAGCCCUGCGGAGCUUGGAGAGCAGAAUGAGCGCUGAUUCAAACCAAAGCUGCCUGUUCUGUGCCCAAGGCCUAAGUCAUGGGUGCGACGACCACAUGUCCCAGAUUGUCUACAAUUUCAAAGUGACCAUCCUGCUGUCCCUGCCAGGACGCAUGUAUUUGGGGGUCUAGAAAAUACAGUCCCUGAACUAAAAAGGCACCUUCCCCCUUUCAAGAAGGGUGAUUCCGGGGCUGACUCAGGGUUUAGGUGCCCCCCCCACCCCCCCUUGUGGCCUAGAGGUCCCAGGCUGGGCCAUCUUCCCAGGGAGGAUUCUCCCAAGCAGGAAAAGCCAGGGGUGGCCCUGUGACUGGAGGGUGAGGGCUUUUGCCUGCAAUGUCCAAGAGGAGGUAAGAAAAGGCAGGUCUCCUAUAUGAUCCUCAGCUUCUAGAAAAGUCCUCAAGGCCCUGUCAAACUCAUUCUGCUCCUUACCCCCAUUCCAGGGCUGAGUAGUAAGUUUACAGUUGUUCUCCCCAUUACGUCCUCCGAUUCCCACUGCAGCCGAGCCUGAGAGGCCGAGGCUGGGCGGGAUUCCUCAGCCCUCCCAUGAACUCAGUCCUGCCCAUGCAUGGCCUUCCCUCAAGACCCAUGGGACAGUGAAGCCUUGGCUCGACUGCUAAAAACCAGCUGGCAAGGGCAAGAUGGGGAUCAAGCUACCUUAUGGGAUGAAAGCCACAAAUGAGCAGAGCCCCUCUCCCCAGGAAUACCCCACCCAGACACAGCAGGGGUUUCUGAACACCCCAGGGCCUUUGAGCUGUUAUAGUCCCUCUGUUUCUGGGGCAUCUGUGAGGAGGAAAUGGCUCCCUGUUUAUCUGCACACCCCUCAGGGCAAACUGGGGACUGAGACCCAUUGACACCCUUUUGGGUGGCCGGAUGUGGCUACGGUGGGGUCCUCAAUACUGCGGUCCAGCUGGCACUGCCCAAGAGAAGGGGGGGCGGGGCACCCUCUGGCCAGUCCUGCUCCACCAGCCCCACAAGCAGGAGGGGAAGGGCUGGGGUUUGCACCGCUGCUGCCGUACCGGUACCGGAAGACACUCUGGUGGUAUGCGUGUGCACAUAGCCAGCGAUGCAUCUGGCACAAGCAUUUGGAUCCACAUCUCUGCACAAGUGUGAAUACCUCUACACACGCAGACAUGCCUGUGUGUGCGCACACACGGGAGUGGGCGUGGGGAUGUGGAGGACUCAAGACCUCCUGCGACCAGUCCACCUGGCUCCCAGCCGUCUGCAUCCUCCCGCCCCACCCGGGCCGGGCCCACCCCGGCAGCACCCAGGGAGGAGUGGAGGCUGCCCUGGCCUGGGCCUGGAACUGGCUCCAUACAGCAUCCUGUAAAUAUGUCAUCUGGGGCUCGGGGUGGGGAGGCAGGGACAGGAACAUCAAUUAAAGAUCAUGUCCUGGGGCUUCCAUGGAGCUCACACCAACCUGUGUCUCUUUUUCUGUAAAUGACCUCACUGUGACUCGGGACCCUUCCCUGGCCCCAGAGGGAACAUGAUGACUGGGCCACUGAGGGGAGGAAGUGAGCACCCAGGACCAGGCGCUGGGAGACCCGGGCGAGGGGGUGUAGUUUUCCAUUCCCGGCCAGGAAAUAGGCGCAGACUGGGUGGAGGGCCAGCCCUUCCGCUUCCUCGGCUCUCCCAGCAAAGAUAACUGCCUUCCUCUGGCUUCGGCAAAGCAGAAGCGGAGGUGAAUAGGAAGCCUCUUACCCAAAGGCAGGAGACCCAGCUUCCCUUUUAUGGUUAAGGUCAGAGAAGCCUCUCUUGCCUCCGAAGAGAUUCCAGAAAGGUGGAUAAAACCGCUAAUCUGGUCCUGGGGCACCUGCUCUUCAGCCUGCAGAGUU